AGGAAGUCAAGUAUUAUUUCAUCCGGACAUGUGAGGGAGGAGGAUCAGGAGGAAUCUGUGAAGCUUUGAUUUCAUUGGGAUGAAGAUGCUGUAGUAAAGCCACAAACAGUCAUCCGAUGACUUUACAGCCAACUGAUUGGACGAAAGGCUACAUAUCGUGAAGCUGAUGCCCCCGAGCGGAGGGGAUUUACUGUUUUUCCAUUGCCCGUAGUGAGUGUAUCUGGCUGCGUAACAUCGUUUGCCACCCAAAUUGGAUUGUACUGGAGAGUCCCGGGCGGCUGCCAGUCCUGUUCAGCUCUGGCAUGAAGCUGCAGUAGCUCCCAGAGGAAGACUCACAGACUGGAUGAAGGCCCUGUCUCGAGGUGGAGAGCAGGACUUGGCUUCAGACAGCAGUUCGUGAAGCUUGAAUGUUCUCUUUCUAGCUUGCCAGCGUAUACAGAGGGCUUGCUUUUGUCCAGCCGACUGCUAGUUUUGUUUGUUGGACAUGUGGAUGCCACUAGCAGGAUUUUUGCUCCCAUUUUGGAAAAUAAUCUAGUUGUAAGACGUACAGCUCAGCUCCUGGUCCAACCAUGGAGGGUCUGGAGCAGCUUGACAUGGUGGGCGACAUCAGCCCGGCUCUGGAGGCCACGGAGGACUUCAUCCACUGCAUGGACAGGAUGCAGGGCCAAGGUCCGAGCCAGGCUCAGACAGGGAACCUCCAGCCUCCCAGGCAGCCGAAGCAGCUGCAGGAGGUGUCCAACACCGCGCUGGGGAAGCUGAGCUCCAGCGGUGUCUGGAGCCUGCUGACCGGAGAGCAGCCCGAGGUGGGGCCUCUGGGCCUGGCAUGGGCCGACAACUUCAGCGUGCUGGGGCUGGGGAUGGGCCUGAGGCACGGCAAGAGAAGCCGAGCGCGAUCCACCAACGACCUGGCAGCACAUAGCAAAGAGUGCACCAACAACACGGCCAGCUCCUCGUCCAACUCGGCCUUCAAGAAGGGACACAACCGGUCCAGAUCAGAUGUCAACUACCGUCCGUCGGCCUACACUGACAACGGCCUGCCCACGGUGGACUGCAACACGCUGAAGAACAUGAUCCUCAACCACCAGCAGGAGGGUGAUAAAAGCAGCAGCAGUGUGGUGAAGCAGGGUGAGAUGGAGCAGCGUGAGGGGCCCCGGGGCCGCUGGACUCCCUGCCACGUUGAGCUGACGCCCUGCGAGCUGCGACUCUACACUCUGGACAGCAGCGCCAACCGCCAGCUGGGCACUGCCUACUCCCUGUCCCAUUGCCAGAGCGUCAUCUCACCAGCACCCUGCAGCCAGCCCGGCCAGGUCGCCCAGCCCGCCGACCAGCGCACGCUCCAGGCUUUGUUCUUCAACUGCACGCGUCUCCAGCUGAGGGCGUCCAGCCAGUGGGAGGCCGUGGAGUGGAGGCGGCUGAUGUGGGAGAAGGUGCAGGCAGCCAGACCCACGAGGCAGGAGAACCGCCAGCACAAGACCGGGCUUGAGAACCAACAGGUCGCCAAGUUUCCCGCGCCCAUGUCACCCUCCUCGUCGCCCUCUCCGUCUGGGCUGGACACCCGGCCCGACGGCGACAGCGACACCCCCACCUCUGCAGAGGCGUCGCUCUCUCUUCAGCCCGUCGUCCUGAGCAGACCCACCACCCUGCCUCUGUUCACCCAGCGCUGCCAAGACGUCCUCAAAGCCGGCCUGCUGCACCAGCUCAUGGAUCAGAACAACUGGCGGGCCUUCACCUUCGUCCUGACCAGGUCUGCUCUCCAGGCCUUCCCUACUGAAGGCCGGGGGUCUGUUUCCCAGCCCGUCCACCAGUUCUCCCUGGUGUCCUGUCUAUCUGUACAGCACGAUCAGGAGUCGGAGAACGGAGAGCAGUGGGCCGACAGAGGGGAGUCUUUCCAGGCCGUGUUCCCCAACGAGGUGCUCAGACUUCGGGCAGAUGACCAGCUGAAGGCCCAGGAGUGGGUAGAGGCUCUGAGGGAAGCAGUCGGAACGCAGAAACCUGCACAGGAAGAAGGAAGAGAGUCAGGAGAAGGACCUCCAGGCCUCCAAGGGGUGCUGCUGAGAUCCAAACCAUCCCGGGAUAGGAGGCAGAGGGAGGCCCAGAGAGCCAAGAGGCAGUCGGUCACCACCAGUUUCCUCAGUAUCCUCACCUGCCUGGCUGUGGAGAAGGGGCUGACCGCUCAGAGCUUCAGGUGUGCAGGCUGUCAGCGUCCCGUUGGUCUCUCCAGAGGAAAGGCGAAGGUGUGCUACUACAGCGGCUGGUAUUACUGCCAGAGCUGCCAUCAGGACAACUCUUUCCUCAUCCCAGCUCGCCUGCUGCACAACUGGGACACAAGCAAGCACAAGGUGUCCAAACAGGCCAAGGAGUUCCUGGAGUUUGUGUAUGAGGAGCCGCUGUUGGACAUCCAGCAGCUCAACCCCUGUCUGUACGAACACUGUGAGGCUCUGAGCACCGUCCUGCGCCUCCGUCAGCAGCUCCAGUCUCUAAGGGCCUACCUGUUCAGCUGCCGGGCAACCGUUGCCGAGGACCUCAGGCGAAGGAUUUUUCCCAGGGAAUACCUGCUACAGCACAUCCACCUGUACUCCAUGGCCGACCUGCAGCAGGUGAUCGAUGGAAAACUGGCUCCCUUCCUGUCCAAGGUGAUCAAGUUCGCCAGCUCCCACGUUUUCAGCUGCAGUUUGUGUCGAGAGAAAGGCUUCAUCUGUGAGCUCUGCCACAACGGACAGGUCAUCUACCCCUUCCAGGAGAACGCCACCCGCAGGUGUGACGGUUGCGGCGCCGUUUUCCACGCCGAGUGUCGUCAGAAAGCUCAGCCGUGUCCUCGCUGCGUCCGCCGUGAACUCCACCACAAGAGGCCGUCGUCCUUCUGGUCUCCGGACGACGACAGUCCCGGCUGCUUCCACCUGCCCUACCAGGACACCUGAGACACGAUCCCUGGAGGUUAGGGCACAGCCGGACAGAGUGUCUGCUGUUUCUGACCUGUGGUGUUUGCAGGACGGACCUUGUGACAGUUUGAACCGGACGACGAACGCACAACAUCGGACGCGUCGUCAGGUUUGUGUGUUCCGGCCAACGCACACACACACCUGAGCUGAGCCCCCCUCUGACCUACAGGGAGAAAAAAAACAAGCGGAGAACUGCUGCGUCAGACUUGUAUUUUGUGGUCAAACGUCUUCACAAACUCGACCAUCUUCAUCCCUACAACACGUCACAAACCGUCACUUAUCCCAGCAGUUAAACCUGCAAACUCACAGCUGGAGAAA